CGCGCCUUUAGUGCGAGUUUAUGGUUUGCAAAUCAGCUCUGCGUCACAUGAACGCACUCAUUCAAACAAACGCACAAGUCAGGAUCACUUUCACAACAGCGAGACACCCGGAAGGUUCAAACGCGUGACCAGCAGCUCAGCAUGAAUCGCUUCAAGACGUCCAAAUAUAAGAACAGCACUCCCAAAAUCCCCAAGAAAGAUGGCUGGAUUGCGAACGUGCGAGGAGCUUCCUUCUCUUCUCAGGGCAAGCACAUCAAAUCCAGCUGCAGUCUCGUGGCCUUCAACACAGAUCAGGCUGGAGGUGGGAUGGUCGGCCUGUCUUCUGUGAAUGCCGCAUCUGACGGGAAGUGGACCGUGACCCAGAUAUCAUGCCAUGCUGACCUCGUGACCGACCUGGACUUCUCGCCGUUUGAUGACUAUCUGCUGGCGACCUGCUCGGCUGAUGAGACGGUGAAGCUGUGGCGCGUGUGUGAUCCGGAUCAGGAUCAGUGCAGUAAUGCUGAGGUGACUCUGAGCCCCGCUGAUGGGCGUCUGGAGGUCGUCCUCUUCCACCCCGCGGCCUCAGGGCUGCUCGCCGUGGCGUCUGUGAGGGGCCUUCAAGUGUGGGACGUCACACGAGACGCCGCACUCACAGUACUGGAGCAGCAUGAGGAUCAGCUGCAGGGUUUGGCCUGGAAGGAAGACGGAUCCCUGCUGGCUUCAUCCUGCAAGGACAAGAAGCUGCGCCUCUUCGACCUGCGGGCCCAGCCGUCAGCGGUCCAGUGCGUCCAGGGUCAUCAGGCUAAUAGAGACUCUCGGGUUCUUUGGGUCAAAGAUGACAGCUUGCUCACGACUGGCUUUAACCAGAUGAGGCAGCAGGAAGUGAGACUCUGGGACAGCAGGAAGUUGAGCUCGUCUCUCAGCUCGCUGUCUUUGGCCACGUCCAACGCGACUCUGAUGCCUCUGUUUGAUCCAGACUCUGGAUUACUAAUUGUGUCUGGAAAUGGUGAGAGUGUGAUCGACUGUUUUGAGGUGAACAGCAGUGAGCCCUUCCUGUCUCAAGUGAGUCACUGUCUGACGGACCUGUCGACCCGUGGCGUGGCUCUAGUGCCGAAGCUCGCUCUGGACGUCAGCUGCUGUGAGGUUUUGCGCCUGCUGCAGCUCACUGAUAACUUCAUAGUGCCCAUCAGCUACCAGGUGCCUCGCAAGGCAGGACAGGACUUCCAUGCCGACUUGUAUCCGGACACCGUGGGUCACACCCUGGCCAUGACAGCAGAGGACUGGUGGAAAGGAGAGAACAAACAGGUGGAGCGAGUCAGUCUUCACCCGAGCAAGAGGCCAAAACCAGCCACUCCAUCAGCUCAGGAGACAAAACCAAAGGAUCUUCCCCAUGGCAAGAGCAAAGAGGAGGCCUCGAGCUCCAGCAGUCCCCUCAGCACCCCCAGCAGCAGUGCCGCCCCGUCCCGCUCCCCGUCCUCCACCAGCGGCCUGUCGUCUGGCUUCCUGCCGAGCCCCAGCCAGAGCUCCCGCGCCAUCCACAGCAUGCUCGGCCCGAGCUCGAAGUUUCGUCACAUCCAGGGGACCGUUUUGCACCGGGACACUCACAUCACCAACCUGCGAGGACUUCAUCUGACCACGCCGGGAGAGUGUGACGGCUUCUGUGCCAACGGCGAGCGCGUGGCAGUGCCUCUCGCCAUCGCCGGAGGGCAGAUCGCUGUGUUUGAGCUGUCCCAGCCUGGAAAACUCCCAGACACCGCCCUGCCCACCAUCCAGAACUCCGUCAAUGUGGCCGACUUCUGCUGGGACCCCUUUGACACACACAAGCUGGUUGUGGCUGGUGAUGAUGCAAAGAUCCGCGUGUGGCAGAUUCCCAAAGGAGGCCUGAUGGAAACCCUGACUGAGCCGGAGUGCGUUCUGCGGGGACACACGGAGAAGAUUUACUCUAUCAAAUUCCACCCCCACGCGUCCAGCCUUCUGGCUUCCUCCUCCUACGACCUCACGGUGAGACUGUGGAGCCUGGAGACAGGAGAGGAAGUCAAACGACUCAGCGGACAUCAGGACCAGAUAUUUGGCAUGGCUUGGAGUCCAGACGGGAAACUGCUGGCCACUGUGUGUAAGGACGGAAAAGUGCGUCUGUAUGACCCACGCAAGUCCACCUUGCCCAUCCAGGAGGGCCCAGGACCUGAGGGCCAUAGAGGGGCCCGUGUAGUGUGGGUCUGUGAUGGCAAGUACCUGCUGGUUUCAGGAUUCGACAGUCGCAGUGAAAGGCAGCUGUACCUGUUCUCCGCUGAGUCCUUGGCAUCCGGGUCUGUGGCUUCUGUGCCUGCCGAUGUGUCUCCCUCGACCCUUAUCCCGUUCUAUGAUCUCGACACCAGCGUCCUGAUCCUCACUGGGAAGGGUGACACACGUGUUUAUACAUACGAGAUCGUGCCUGAAGCACCGUACUUCAUGGAAUGUAGUAGUUUUCAUUCCUCUGAACCACACAAGGGGUUGUGUUUCCUGCCGAAGACUGAAUGUGACGUGCGUGAUGUGGAAGUGGCUCGAGCCGUCCGACUUGGCAAGACCACCAUUGAACCUGUGGCCUUCAGAGUGCCUCGUGUCAAAAAAGAGUUUUUCCAGGAUGAUGUUUUCCCGGAGACUGCAGUGUGGUGGGAAGCAUCUCUGACCGCUGCUGCCUGGCUCUCUGGAUCCAACGGACAGCACCGCAAAAUCAGCUUGCGGCCCAAAGACAUGAUGCCCGUGAGUGAAGCACCAAAAGAGGCUCCUGUGAGGAAGUACCUGCCCUCCUCUGUCUAUCUGGAGGAGAAAACUGAUGAACAGAAGAAAGAGGAGUUGCUCAGUGCUAUGGUGGCGAAGCUGGGAAACAGGGAAGAUCCUCUGCCACAGUCGUCAUAUGAGGGUGUGGAUGAAGAUGAGUGGGACGACUAACACACAAGCCUUGCCUCACGGUCCAGUCAGGGUGCCAGCAGCAGACAUGGGACGUACUUGCUGUAUUAAAAUUUUGCCAUUCCAGGGUGCCAACGUACCUCUGAACCUCCUAAACGUUCCUCAUCCCGCCAGCUUCUGCUCCGUACAGCCUGCUGAUUCACUCUCACACACUCCUCCAUCUGCCUUCUAGAUAACCCACCCAUCAUCUCUCUGCAUUGGUUUAACUGGAGUAUUAAUAUCAGUUAAUAAUGGUUAAAAUGAUUCUAGACACAUGAACACAUUCUUAUGCAUAGUUCAGACGUUCAUCUCAGAUGCAUGACGCACAUUUACAAUAUGACAGGGUUUUUUCUGUGUCAGUUUUAAUGAUCAGUUUUGUACUGCUGUAAUUGACUGUAUAAUGACUGCAUGAUAACACAAGCCUUCCUCAAUCUAUAACACAAAACCUCUCUGGAUAUUUUCAUUGGUGAAAUGUGCACUUAAUACCAUCAUUUGACUAUUGAAAUAGUUAAAUGUACGUUUUACAUUGAUAUUGUGGUAAUUAGUUGGAUUAAAUGUCAUCUCCUUUAGGUUCUUAGCAGCGUUAGAUAUCCUUUAAUAAGUCUGGAGCACAAAUGUCUGUGUACCUCUAAAUCAAUGAUCUGGAGACUAUUGAAAACACUCCUUUUUAAACUGGGAAAUACUCUAUGUAUAUUUCCUUCUGCUCAACCUAAUCAACA